CACUCCUCUCCCACUCUCCUCUCUGAGCUGGAGUGGAUAGCGUCUGAACUCAGCUACUAAAUGCUCUUUACCAUUGGAGUGCAUCUGUUUGGGGCUGUUUGUCACACAAAGCGAAUAUAUUUAGAGAAAUGCUAGGCAAUCAACGCCAGCUGAGCGACUGCAGGCGGUGCACAUAGCGGAUCUGGGAAGAGUGAAGUUGGAGGGAGAGCUGCUGAGAGGAACAGGUGGAGCACUGGCAUCAGUAACUUCAGUACUUCAGCAUAUUUACUUCCAAGAGGCCCAGGUGAUUGCCCAGACGCUCGAAUGCAUUUAUCGCUGGAUACCAUGAGCAUGGUGGACGACAGCUGUCUCUCGCCCAGCAAUUUCCACGAACUGGGUAAAGGUGGGGGCGUUGCAGUGGGAGGCCGCGUCCACAGCAUCGAUGUCAUCCUGGGUUUCAGCAAAGAGCAGGACCCCUUGCUAAGUCCCGCCACGACCCCCGGACCCCACAAAGUGAACAUAGACAGCCUGGCGGAGACCGGGAAGCAGCUGGAGCCCUCGUCGCACCCGUCCUACAGCGGGCACCUUUCCUCUCUGAGAAGCAGCAGCGGCACAGAGCAGCAGCAGUACCACGACUCCGGCUUAUUUGCAAACAAAUGUGAUCAGGAACUGAGCGAGCUGAGGAAGAGUAUAGAGAGCGAUGAAGGCAAGUCUCCGGACCCAAGCAAGGAUGAGCAGCCCAAGAAGAAACACAGGCGCAACCGCACCACCUUCACCACCUACCAGCUGCACGAGCUGGAGCGUGCCUUUGAAAAGUCCCAUUACCCAGACGUGUACAGCCGCGAGGAGCUCGCCAUGAAGGUGAACCUCCCCGAAGUCAGAGUUCAGGUCUGGUUUCAGAACCGCAGAGCUAAAUGGCGCCGGCAGGAAAAAAUGGACGCCAGCACCAUGAAGCUCCACGAUUCACCCAUGCUCUCUUUCAACCGUCCGGCACCGGUUCACACCAGCAUGGGUCCAAUGACCAACUCCCUCCCCUUGGAACCCUGGCUGACCUCUCCCCUGUCCAGUGCUACACCUGUGCACAGUAUCCCAGGCUUCAUGGGUCCAGCUCAAGGCCUCCAGCCCAGCUACCCAAGCCACCAUUUCCUCAACUCCACCCCCCACGCUCCUCACGGUCCUCACGGUCCUCAUCCACACCCUCACACUCACACUCAUCCCCAUCCGUCCAUGGGUCAAGGGAUGCAGAGCAUGGCUCCUCCUCCUUAUCAGUGUCCAGCACCAUACCCUGAAAAGUACCCUUUGGAGGAUGUGGACCAGCGCAGCUCCAGUAUUGCUGCGCUGAGGAUGAAAGCCAAGGAACACAUCCAGUCUAUGGACAAGACCUGGCAACCCAUGUGACUAACGAGCUCGGCGGUCGACGUGAGCAAUGCUGGAAGUGACACACGUCACGUGCUACGCCACUAAGUGAAAGAAGUGGAUUCUGAACUGUGAAAGCUGAGGACGUAAGAAUUUUUGUUUGGGGGGGAGACUUUCUUUUCUUUUCUACUUCUUCCCCCUUAAAAAACAGCUGAAACCUUCAGCGGGUUAAAAGUUUCCGAUAGUUUUGCUCGUCCAAUCUCUAGGUGUCUAUUGUUGCCUUGGGUUCGUUAAAAACAAAUGUCUUCUUGGUGAAACAAACGGUUUAUGACACCUAGAAGUAUUUCCGAGUCACAAACAGGCUCUGAGUGCACGUUUCAUGCCUGAGCCCUUGCUGCAGCUCUUUGGGUGCACCAACAGUGAAGACACGCUAUAUCAUUAAAAACUGCCAAAAUGCGGGAAUUCUUAUUCAUCACUUUUCAUUUAUCCAAAUCAUUUGAGUCGAGCAAAAUAUCAUUCUCAUGCUUUUCUUUUCUAAUUUUUUUUUUUACACCACAUUUGUGUUUUUACUAAUUAGUCCAGCCGUCGAAUUUUCAUGGGUCUGCAAAUCAGAGUCUUAGAGGACUUUGUGAAUGGACCUUUGGUCUCUGUUUAAUGUGACAUCGAGGCAUGAAGACACACUACAGUGUCACUGCUCAUCUCACUAAUCUGUUUAAUUAUAAAAGCCGUGUAGCUGGUUUUCGUUUUAUGUCCACCUGUACUAUGAUUUAUGUUUCUACUUGCUACGCAGUUUAGAUACGCGAGUCCAUGUUUUAGAUAUCUUGGUGUGACUGGAAGAAGAUGAUCAGUGAGGAGAAGCUUCUUUAAGAGAUCUUCAUCUGGUGGGAAAAGGGUCACCUCAACUGGGACCGGGAAUAUACCAAAAAUAUCUCUGCACGGAUACAUUUUUUCUGACUUGUGCUUUAAAGAAGGGAGGAAGCAGAAGAAAGGCAGAGGAAGUAGACAAAAAAACGCAGGCUAGUCAGCGGAGUAGCCCUCUUUUUGCUUGAGUGACUGUUGGAGGAGAAAACCUGUUGGCAGCUCAGUGUUGGGUGGCUGCGUGUACGUGCAGGGCAGCAGAAAGAGCCCUGUGUGAUGCGUCACCCCACAUAGUUCGGUCUUUGUUCGACACAAUUGAUCCAAGUGCAUCCUCUUUGUCCCGAACAGAAGGGGGAGAAACGGUCUCAGGCUGCACUAAAUAGGCCCUUGUAACCAUUUUGUUGUAGUUUUUUUUUUUUCUUUUUCAAACAAGAGGAAACAUGGAUUGUUACUGCUUUGGUCAUUAGUGACACAAUAUUAGUCUUAUGCCAUCUGUUACAGGGUUAAGCCCCAAUCAUCUUAAAGUUGGAGCACAAUAUGCUUCAUAUGGACAGUAGAGGUAAAUAAAUAAGACUGUGACACUGAAAUGUUUUUGCAUGUGCAGGUACCAUCUCAAACAAAUCUUUGGAGGUUGAAAUUUAUAUAUUUUUUGACUUUUUAACAGAACAAGAGGGAUAGAAAACUCUGUCCUCGUAAAGUGCAAUUUUGGAAACCCAUUUUUUAUGUUUCUAUAUAAAAUGUGUUUUUUCUUUUGUUAAAAAUAAAAAAGGAGACUCAUUUCUGCCCAGAUUGUUACAAAGUCACACCCCACUUUUUUUUGGAUACUUUUGAAAUUCACUCUUGUCCGACCUAAAGGGGAUAAGUAAUGUUACAGCCGCUGUUCAUCAUCUGUCUUCAUGUAGUUUUACACGAUGGUGACCUCACACAGCACAGGAAACCAGAAUUAUCUUAUGUGUUAACAGGACAUUUAGUUUGCAGCAUAAAUGUUUUGGGCCAAGAAUAAGCCAAAGGUUAGAUAACAGACAAGAUUGCACUAGUUUUAGUUAUUUUUAUUGUCUUACAUGCCCUAGUUAUGUCUGUCUUAGUGAUAUCGUUGUUUUAUUUCUUUUGGAUUUUGUCUGGAUUGUUGAUGUUCAUAUUCUGGAACAAAUGGAGAUCUACUGAAAAUAAAUAUAGUUUGAUAGAAA